GGGGACAGACAGUUUGGCUUUGGCAUCUGCUGCCGACGUUUCCAGGCUGUGUGACCUUGAGCAGAAAAAGAGCAAAGUGCACUACCAGAUCGCCGUCAUCAUCAACUACUUGGGCCACUGCAUCUCCCUGGUGGCCCUCCUGGUGGCCUUCGUCCUCUUUCUGCGGCUCAGGAGCAUCCGGUGCCUGAGAAACGUCAUCCACUGGAACCUCAUCUCGGCCUUCAUCCUGCGCAAUGCCACGUGGUUCGUGGUCCAGCGCACCAUGAGCCCCGCGGUCCACCAGAGCAAUGUGGGCUGGUGCAGACUGGUGACAGCCGCCUAUAACUACUUCCACGUGACCAACUUCUUCUGGAUGUUCGGGGAGGGCUGCUACCUGCACACGGCCAUCGUGCUCACCUACUCCACCGACCGGCUGCGCAAGUGGAUGUUCAUCUGCAUCGGCUGGGGUGUGCCUUUCCCCAUCAUUGUAGCCUGGGCCAUCGGGAAGAUGUACUACGACAACGAGAAGUGCUGGUUUGGCAAAAGGCCUGGAGUGUAUACCGACUACAUCUACCAGGGCCCCAUGAUCUUGGUCCUGCUGAUCAACUUUAUCUUCCUUUUCAACAUCGUCCGUAUUCUCAUGACCAAACUCCGGGCAUCCACCACAUCUGAGACCAUUCAGUACAGGAAGGCUGUGAAGGCCACUCUGGUGCUGCUGCCUCUCCUGGGCAUCACCUACAUGCUGUUCUUCGUCAACCCGGGGGAGGACGAGGUCUCCCGGGUGGUCUUCAUCUACUUCAAUUCCUUCCUAGAAUCCUUCCAGGGUUUCUUCGUUUCUGUGUUCUACUGUUUCCUCAACAGCGAGGUCCGCUCUGCUAUCCGGAAGAGAUGGCACCGAUGGCAAGACAACCACUCCAUCCGUGCCCGGGUGGCCCGUGCCAUGUCCAUCCCCACCUCCCCGACCCGGGUCAGCUUGCACAGCAUCAAGCAGUCUACAGGUGUCUGAGCUACCGGCCUUGAAAAGCAGCCCCCGAGUUCUGUGGCCGUGCAGACGACGGCCAGGCUCACCAGCCACCUCGUGUGUGGAGGCAGCCAGCGCCUUUUCCCCAGGAGCAGCAGCCCUGAAGGUCUAGGAGGCCCCGCUCCCAGGCCAGCAGGACUGCUAUGCUCAGGAUUGCUCAGUAGCCCACAGGGCUGGGCUGGUCCUCCCUGGAGAAUGGAGAUGGGAAUGGGUAUGGGAUGGACGUGGACAGCUGGACUACCCACAGCAGCACCCCGGCCCCCUUAGUGCUGUUUUCUCAAAGAGCACGGAGGCCUGGGGGCCCGUGCAGCUGUAGGGAGGUGACUCACUGCCCCAGGGCAUCAUGGGAAACUUGUGACGGCAUCCAUCCACCAUGAUGCCCCCGGCCUUAGCGAUGCCUGUGUACACCACUGGGAAGCAAGGCCACAGAGUCCAGGAGGGGCCCUGGAGAUAGCAGGUGACGUCGUCAGAUAUCUGACCACUCCCAAGUCACCAGAGCUCAUUGGCACCGUGGCACUGCCACCACAAAUGCCCUGCCUUGCUGCCUUGCACCCAUGGAUGUUUACUACCCUGUAGGUCACCCCAGCUUCCCCCCCACGUACCCACCAACCUAAGUCCCACCACCUUCUGCCUCUGGGUGUCUCCCCACUUGGGCACGGCAGGGGUACAAGAAUGUGCCCCCACCAGGCCAGCCUCCCUGGAGGAGGACAAAGAACCCCUGGGGCCUGCAGCCUCUGGGCAGGCUCUCAAGCUGAGCAAAGGGAAAGGACCCCUCUCUGCCCCGGUGCCCUGGACAGGGGUCGACUGUCAGUCCCCGCCGGGCCUGCCAUGUGCAGGGGGUUGGGCUGACAGAGUGUGCUUCGGGGUGGGCACUAGGAGGUGGGCGUGUCAGCUGUAAAGGGGAAGAUGAUGUAAAUAAUAAUAUUUAUCUUUUCAACCA